UUUCGGAACUUUUGCCGUGGGCAUGCGUAACUGCUACGUCCCUAGAGAAGCAAGAGAGAAUGCUGGAUUCAUAAAAAAACAUCAGUCUCCCUUCAGCCUCGGACAUGGGCAGUUCUGAAGAAGUGGCGUACACAGACUUGGAAUGGGCGAUCGGAAUAAAUCGAAUCUCCCUGAAGAUCAUUGGGCUCUGGCCAGACGACAAGUUGAAUCGCUGGCAAAGGUUCCUGGCGGAUCUACGCGCCUUCACUAUCUUCAUCACGAUGAUCCUAGCGUCGAUAUUACCCGGGAUAUUUGCGCUGGUGAGAGUUUGGGGCGACAUGAUGGCGAUGACGGAUAACUUGCAAAUCGGGCUGCCCUUUUCGGUAACCGCCAUGAAGUUCGUCAUCAUGUGGAUCCGUAAAAAAGAGCUCAUGCCUCUCAUAAAUAUGAUCGUGGAGGAUUGGAUUAAGGUGAAAACGGAGCAAGAACGAGAAAUCAUGAUAAAGCAAGCGAAGACUGCCAGGAUGAUCGUCAUGUUCGGUGGUAUCAUGAUGACCUUGGCGUCUAUCAUUCUCAUCAUUCCUCCAUGCUUCGGGUACUCGAUGAGGUACCUGACGAACCUGACGGAUUCAGGGAAGCCGUUGCUCUUACAAACGUAUUAUCUGCGAGAUAUGACGGAGAGCCCGUACUUCGAGAUCGCGUUCAUCGCUCAAGCCACAUCGAUUAUCGUGGCCGCGAUUUCCUAUACGGGCAUUGAUAAUUUUCUGAGUGUAGUGAUAUUCCACAUAUGCGCUCAACUGGACAUCCUCAAAGGGCGACUGCUCAAUUUGAACACCUUCAAAGACUUCAAUUCCGGGUUAUCCUUCAAUAUCCAGGAUCACCUGCGUCUCAUUAGGUCUAUAGACGCCAUCGACAACACAUUCAACUUGAUGCUCCUGACAUUGUUAGUGUAUUUUGCUAUACUAUUUUGCCUCCAAGGAUUUUUGAUAGUUAGCAUCGUUGAUGGGGUGGGAGGUGAUGUUUCCCUUAUGCGAAUAUGUUGGCUCGUCUCGAUUCUCAUUAACACAUUCGCUCAUAUGUGCCUAUACUGCGUGGUUGGAGAGAUCCUAAUAGCCAAAGCUGAAGGGGUAUAUUAUGCGACGUACGAGUACGCUUGGUACUCGCUAAAACCUAAUCAAGCCAAAGACCUGAUGCUGAUAAUGAUACGCGCUGAGAAACCUUUGUACAUUACCGCGGGCAGAAUAUUUCCUAUGACAUUAUCCAUGUUCUGUAGCUUAAUAAAGACGUCAGCUGGUUACAUAUCUGUAUUGCUUGCUAACCGUGAUUUGAUCAAUAAGGAUGGAAUUACUUUUGAUAUCGGAGAACAGUAUUGCGAAGAGAACGAUGAGGAGUUUGCAUACACUCCACUGAUGCAAUACAGUAACGAAGAGAUGUUAGAUAUGCUAAAUAUGAAUGAUUUUGAUGACCCUGAAGAACUUAAUGAUGAUAACGAGAAAGGUUUAUCCCUCUACAGUAUCAGCUUUGCGAAGCUAAAGACAAAGAUGACUAAUUUGACUCCAGAUGGAAAGGUUAUGAAAUACAUUAAGCAAAAGGGUACCGGAAAAGGUGUACCUGACAAUGCCCAAGUCACUGUCCAUUACAUUGGGUAUUUCGAAUACAGAGAUGAACCUUUCGAUUCGAGUUACUCCAGUGGGAAGCCGAGGGUGUUGCGUUUGAACGAGGCGAAUAUCAUACCUGGGUUACACAUGAGUAUAUGCAGUAUGCAGAAGCAUGAGAUAGCGGUAUUUUUGAUACAUCCCGAUCUGGCUUACAAGACUUUUGGCUGUCCACCGCGUAUCCCACCCAACGAGGAAGUCGUGUUCAUUGUCCACUUGAUCGACUACCUCGACAAUGGUCUCGCCAAUAUGUAUGAGACUCUCAGCUUAGAGGAGAAAGCGAAGUUCGAGUGCGUGGUGGAAUCCGUGAAACACAUGCUCGUCAGCGCCAAGGAUAAUUUCGCAAAGUUUAACGUCAAAGCGGCCAUCCGAGACUAUAAAAAAGCCAUUGAUCGUUUGGAAACUGUAGAAUUGAAGAAUGAUAAAGAGGAGGUAGAGAUGAAUCAAUUUCUCUCGAGGGCCUAUACUAAUCUAGGCAUUUGCUACAACAAGUUGGACAUGCCGCGUAGCGCUUGUAUGUCCUGCAUACGAGUCCCGAUACCAACGGCUAAAACCCAUUAUAAUUAUGCGAAAGCUUUGCUGAAUCUCGCGGAAUACGAUGAAGCGAUGAAGGAACUGCAGAAAGGUCACAAGUUGGAUCCGUCUAACGAUGCUAUUAGAAAACUAAUUCAGCAAACGAAUACGAAGCAGCGGCAAUAUCUGGAGAUCGAGAAGCGCUUAUGGAAGAAUUGCUUUAAAUCCAAGGAGGAGCAGAUGAAAGUCAGUGAAUUCCGCAAGGCUGUGCGUGAUUUAUGUCAAACUAUUAUCAACAAUACUGAUAUAAUGAGACAGCCUCUGCCUGAGGGAUUCACGGAGGAGGAGCAUCAAAUUAUACGUGAAGAGGCUGCUAUAUUAGGGCUGGAUGUUCUCACGCAUUCAAGAUAUGAAAUUUCAAAAGACAUUACAAUGCCUCUCCUUACAACGCUCCUCGUGUUUUUCUUGCUAGAUGUGCCUUUUAAUAAGGCUGAUUUUCCGAGCCGACGACUGUCGAGGAACCAUCCGAACUUUCAAGACUUCCAUCCUCAGGAGAGUCUUCUGGAGAUCUUUCUGAAUCCAACUUCGAUUACUCCAAAUGAUCAUGUGAUGCUCAACAAUAUCUUAGAUCCAGAUUUUCGAGCAGAUACUAUGAACUACGAGCUUUUUACGAGGGAUAAUAAGGAGCAAGGUGUUACCUUAAGCGUAGGCGAUGCUGCUCAUUUGAGGGAUUCCCCGUUCAAUGCUGCGUGGCCGGUCAAGAUCCUUAUUCAUGGGUGGACAGACAACGGUGAUACUUUCUGGGUGCACGACAUUCGACGGAAUUAUCUCAGCGUUGGUGAUUACAAUGUAAUUUGUGUGAAUUGGUUCGGCGGUUCAAGCAGAGAAUACUUGACGUCCGUCAGACUUACCCGUCAGGUAGGAGAGUACGUGGCUGGAUUUUUAGAAUUCCUCAGUUCGGAGACUCAAGUCUCCCUCGAGGAUGUCCACGUUUUGGGGCACAGCCUAGGUGCUCACGUAGCCGGAUACGUGGGUAAUUACGUAUCAAAGAAGCUGGGUCGCAUCACCGGACUCGAUCCGGCUGGACCAGCGUACGAGAUGCCCUAUCUCAAAGACACGGAAGAUCGGUUGGACUCCACAGACGCGAAUUUCGUCGAUGUAAUUCACACGUGUGCCGGUAGCCUGGGCUUCCUCCGACCCAUCGGCCACGUGGAUUUUUAUCCGAACGGAGGAACGUUCACGCAACCUGGGUGCCCGAUAUUCUCAUCCCAAUACUGCAGUCACGGCAGAUCACAUCAAUUUUUCGCCGAGUCUAUCGUGCGUCCUGACGGCUUCGUCGCUGUGCAAUGUGGCAGCUGGAUGGAUUUCCAGCUGGGUAAAUGCAGCAACAAUACCGGCACCGCUAAUAUGGGUGAAUUUAUUAGCACCGACGCUCGUGGAACCUUUUAUUUGGAGACCAAUGCGCAGCCACCGUUCGGAAAAGGCGAGGCACAAUGAGAAAAACGCCUGCACAUAAUUUAUGCACGUAUUUAUUGAUUGCACUUAUAUAUAAUAUGUAUAUUCUGUUAUAAUUGGCAAUACGCGGCAGGAGAACGUACAAAACGGUAGAAAGAUUAUUUUACUUAUAUAUAUAAUACUUAUACGUGUUGUACAACAUAUAAAAUGGGAACUAUGAU